UCAUAAAAUAAGCGGGGGUCAAAAUUGAAAAGGACCAAUCUUAAUGGUCAUUUUUGUAAUAAACAUAAAAAUUUGGUGAAACAUAAAUUGGUCCUCACAGUAAUGAUUUAGAGAAAGUGACGAGCAAAGAAGGUAAUAAAGAUGCCAACCACAUUCACAUUCAUACCAUCCAUUUACCGCAGAAGGCAAAAGCUGUAUUUAUCUUUGGAACAAGUAGUCAAUGGUAUAUCUUGUUAAACCCAACCAAUUCUGGGGGUAGACUUAUAAUUUGCGUUGACAGGAAAAAAUGGGGGCUUCUAAAUCAGUUCCACAGAAAUCAAUCCAUGAAUUCACUGUCAAGGAUAUAAAAGGGAAAAAUGUAGACCUAAGUAUCUACAAGGGCAAAGUGCUUCUUGUCGUUAAUGUUGCCUCCAAAUGUGGAUUCACAAGCACCAAUUAUACCCAAUUGUCUCAACUCUACAACCAAUUCAAGGAUCAAGGUUUUGAAAUCUUGGCCUUCCCCUGCAACCAAUUUUUGAAGCAAGAGCCUGGUACGAGUCAGGAAGCUCAAGAAUUUGCUUGCAUAAGAUUUAGUGCAGAAUAUACCAUUUUCCAAAAGGUGCGAGUGAAUGGUUCAAAUGCGGCACCAGUCUACAAAUUCCUUAAAGCAAGCAAAGGUGGUUUUCUCAGUUCCAGCAUUAAAUGGAAUUUCACCAAGUUUUUGGUUGAUAAGGAGGGGCAAGUUGUCCGACGCUAUGGCUCAACCACUCCACCAUUAUCAAUCAAGGCAGAUAUCCAGAAAGCAUUAGGGGAGAAUUGAGAAGGUUGUGUCUAGUAAAGAGGACAGUAGGAUAAGCUUUCUGACAAACUCUAUUUGCUAAUAGUUGGUGUGCUCUCAAGUUUCAUUCCUUUUUGGUGAUGGUUUUUAGCCUUCGUUUGAAGGAUUUAUGUGCUGCAACCCCUAAUAUUGUACAUUAUGUAUAUUAGCUUGAAGUUUUUAGUUAUUCCACUGUCUACUGCACUUGCACUUUCCUCAGCAUCUUUUUGUAUGUAAACUGAUAUUAUAAUUAUUAUAACUUUAUACUUAUAAGAGAGAAUAAGAUAAGAUUUGGUAGUCAUCACAAAAAUAUUUAUAUAAUGGAAUUACUACAUGUGUCUA